AUGAUUAACAGGAAGCGCUCAUACUCAUCACGUUCCCGUUCCAGGUCAUCAGGAUUCUAUACACCAAGACGAAAAAACCGGUCCAGAUCCAAUGAACGCUCUAAGUUCAGUUCUUCGUUGAAAGAAAGAAAUCGACAGAGGUCACAUUCAAAAAAUCUUGACUACAGUCCUCGACGUUCUUUAAGUCCUGCUGAGCGAAAGUCGAAGUUUUCAAGGCUUAGAAAACCUGAAAUACAAUCAAGUGUUAAUCCAAUCGCUGACUUUCAGACUGAAGGUGUACGAAGCACUGCACGUGAUUCACAUUCUCCUAUAUCUUUAACAGAACGUUUCACUCGUCUGACAAAUUCAGGGACGGCUGUAUACAAUAAACGCAGGUAUGGUCGUUUUGGAGAUAACCAUCGUCUUCCACAUCUUAUACUUACCAAUAAUACAAAGCUCCCCCCAGCAACUCUUAUGCGUCAGGCUAAAGAAAUUUCAAUUGUCAUAGAGCGAACAUUUCCUCUUAAUAUGGACUUAUCAACACAUGAAAAACCUGUGACAUUUGAUUUUCGUCAUAGUCACAUUGUAAUCCCACGUCGUCCCAAUGAAGGUUACAAACCUAUAUUUGAUCGUCCUGGAUUAAAGUUUUACAAUACUGAAGCGGAUGAAGUUCAGAUUUACAAACGUUUAGUGGACACGAUUUCCUCCUCAAAUACACGAAGAUCCAAUAAUAUGGACAACAAAAAAGAAAGUGAGUAUCACGACAUAAGUCAUUUUACAGGUCCCGGUCGAUUUUAUGGCAGUCGAGUAGAUGAACGUUUGAUGGAUUCAAAGCGUACUUAUCCGUUGGAUCCUUCAGAAACUCCGAAAGGACAUUCUUAUUAUCUUCAUGAUGAUCGAACAGAUGAUGGGUAUGGUCCGAGGCGCCGAUGGAAUAAUAAAUCCGAUCGUUUAUACUCUUCUAGUUACCAACGUGAUCGUCGAUCUCGCCGCACUUCUCCUUCACCACGAUCAUCUCGUUCUGAGAUUAAACCUAAAAAGUGGCUGCACGACAAAUUUGAAGAGAUGGAAGGGGACAAUAGUUCACAAAAACCGAUCCCAAUGCCUGUUCCUGCUCCCAAACCUAUAUUAUGGUCUACUAUUGGGAAGGAAAUCUUGAAUGGAAAUAAAACUGUUGUAAGUGAUGACCAAAAUUACAGCCCGAAUAGUGCGGCCAAUCAAUCACCGCUAACAGACAACGAAAAUACUACGAAUACACUAGAGACAAAAGUACAAUCAGUUGUGGCCAAUUCAACUGUUCGUAGUAAUGAAAAAGUUUCUACCAAAGAAGAGCAUUUCAACAGUGAAGUUUUCCAUCUCGAUGUUGAUCAUGUAUUUGAUGAAGCUAUUGAACGAUGA